AUGGUCGAUGGCUUUUUAGGGCAAAUGGGUCAGGAGAGUAGCGGGCAACUGAAUUCUAGCUCUGACCAUGACGGCUCCGGCGGGGGAGAGGCCGGUUCUCCUCCCGGCGACACGGCUUCCACUUCCAGCAACCAACCGCGGCGCUUCCCGUUGGCGGCUCAGCCGGAGAUUAUGAGAGCCGCCGAGAAGGAUGACCAGUACGCUUCUUUCGUCUAUGAUGCCUGCCGCGAUGCUGUUCGUCAUCUCUUCGGUACAAGAGUUGCUCUGGCUUACCAAAACGAGACGAAGCUUAUUGGGCAGAUGCUUUAUUAUAUAUUAACAACAGGUGCUGGCCAGCAAACCCUUGGGGAAGAGUACUGCGACAUUAUUCAGGUUUCAGGGCCUUAUGGAAUUCCACCAACGCCAGCCAAGAGGGCUCUUUUCAUUUUAUAUCAGACAGCUAUUCCUUACCUGACUGAAAGAAUUAGCUCAAGAGUUGCUUCUCGUGGUAUUGUUCUUUCUGAGCUGCAGUCUGAUGACGACUACGGUGAAAUGGCUCCAGGGGGAAGUAAUAGGGUUCAGACUUCUGCAAUGGUAGAUGUUUCAUCUUACUCAACACCUGGAAGAUCAGUUUCAUUACUAUCAAACUUAAAGCAGAAACUAUAUAGCUUUUGGUUGCUCACGGUUCGAAGAUGGCCUGCUAUGCUCCCUGUGGCUCGGGAAUUUUUGCAGUUGAUUCUUCGGACAAACUUAAUGUUUUUCUACUUUGAAGGUUUAUAUUAUCACAUAUCAAAACGAGCAGCUGGCAUUCGUUAUGUUUUCAUCGGGAAGCCCUCCAAUCAAAGACCAAGGUACCAAAUACUUGGUGUAUUUCUUCUAAUUCAGUUAUGCAUCAUUGCGGCUGAAGGUCUUCGGAGAAGUAACUUGUCCUCUAUUUCGAGUACAGUUCAACAGACAUCCUUGGGGUCUCGCCAAACUGCAGGUCAAGGUCUUCCCAUAUUCAAUGAGGAAGGAAAUUUGGUAUCCAUGGAGACUGGCUUGGGAAUUUCAUCGUCAGAAGCACCAUCGACUUCAGAGGUAACAAGCAGUGGGGUCAGCAAAUGUACGCUCUGCCUGAGUGAUCGUCAGCACCCAACUGCCACAGCAUGCGGUCAUGUGUUUUGCUGGAUCUGUAUUAUGGAGUGGUGCAACGAGAAGCCAGAAUGCCCUUUGUGCCGCACUCCAAUUACUCAUUCAAGCCUUGUUUGCUUGUACCAUUCCGACUUCUAG